AUGUUGCUUCGUCUUCCUACGGAGCUGCUUCUCAACAUUGUCGCGUACUUGGAUACGCCGAGGUGCCUGUGGGCCGUCGUCCAAUGUUGCCGAUUUCUUGCUAAGAAGCUGACCGAGGAGUUGUACAAGUCCGACAGGCAGGAUGGAAAAGCACUCCUAUGGGGCGCCAAAAAAGGCCGGAAAAUAACGGUGUUGAGAUCCCUUGAAGUAGCAGCCGAUAAGGGGGGUGACGCGAUGGUGCUCGCCGCUCAACACGGACACGGAGAGAUAGUAAAUCUCAUUCUUGGCGGUGGAGUUGAUGUGAAUUCUAAACAUGAGGGAGGAACGGCACUUAUUCGUGCUUCGGAGCAUGGCCAUCUCGAUGUUGUCGAAUUACUUUUGCAGCACGGCGCCGACGUCAACCUUAAAAACCAGCAAGGCUCCCCACUCAUCUUGGCUUCGAAGCAAGGGCAUCUCGAUGUUGUUCAACUUCUAAUCGAGCACGGCGCGAAGAUCGAUGGAGGAGAUAGCAAGGGCUUCUCAGCACUUCGUUGGGCAGUUCAUCUACGACGUGUCGGGGUAGUCAAAGUGCUUCUGGAUGCCGGAGCAAACGUGAAGUGUGAAGAAUUUGCUGGCAUGACGAGUCCACUUCUUAUAUGGGCCGUUCGAAGUGAAAGUGCAAGCAUUGUCGGGUUGGCACUAGGAAAAGGGGCUGACAUCGAGUCAACGGACAUCAAAUACCGCUUGACACCGCUAUACUGGGCUACGAAGCUGGGCGUCACCGGUAUCGCCAGGUUACUAACGAAACAUGGCGCCGACGUUAAUUGCAUUAACUCGGGGGGUCAAACAGCCCUGCACCAGGCAUGCGGGCGAGGAUUCAAAGACAUGGUCGCCCUGCUUCUGCAAAAAGGCGCCGACAUUAGGGUCCCAGACAACAGCGGACAGACAGCAGUUCAUUGGGCGGCCAAAAACGAUAAUACAGACAUCAUGAAUUUGCUUCUCGAUCACGGAGCUGAUCUUACCUGGGUGGACUGUAAGGGUAGGACAGCGCUUGGUAUUGCAAGCCAGCGGUCUCGUGCAAAAGUCGUCAAAUUCUGCCUUUACAGGGAGGCAGACGUUCAUUGGAAAGACGUAAAUGGUUGUGAUGCGCUGAAGUACGCUGCCUGGAUCGGAAGUCUUGCCAUUGUGACACUGCUUCUUGAAAAAAGCGCGAACGUGGGCUCACAAGACAAUAACCACCACACUGCGAUUUAUUGGGCGGUCGAGGGAGGUAAAGCUGGAGUUUCGUCCGACGCACGUGGGCAAGUCGUCCAACUUCUUGUGAAGACGGCUGCCAGUGCUAACCAAGUUAAGUCAGACGAGCUAGCAAGCGCGAUCGAAUGGGCGGCCGAAAGUGCUCAGGAGGUCCUGGCCAGCUUCUUGCGUAGACUACACACAGGGAGCGAAUCGAGGCAUGCGGGCGAACAUGGUGAAGUAGCCUUGGCAAAAAGAGACCGGUGCUUGUACCCUGAGAUACUUUUAGCAGUCGAGAAUAAAUCUCCUCUGGCCACAGUACGGGAACAUGACGGGUAUUUGAAGACCCGGAAGCGGUCUCUGACACUUAGAGAUCUCGCGCUAGACGAUUGGCAUCCAAUGGAUUCCGGGGGUCCAGCUAAACGAGCUCGAAAGAACUUAAAUUGA